AACUAAUUGUGUAAAAUGCACUUUGACACAUUCAACGGAAAAUCAGCCUUCUUCAGUGAAGAGUUACUGUGUAUAUAUUGUGUGCUUGGCUGCAUGAGAAAACAGAUCCGGGACACAGUGGCUCACAGACGCCUCGCAGAAAUGAACACGACUCUCUUCAUUGGACAAGUCAUCGGCAUUGUCCCCAUCUGUGCUGUCCUGCUCUUCCUCCUCUCCAAGUUGGUUUUACGCCACCGCUGUAUCCAUGUGCAGGACGGUUAUGGCUACGGUGUGCUGAUAACAGGCUGUGACAGCGGCUUUGGACACCAGCUGGCCCGAUGCUUGGAUCAGAAGGGGUUUGUGGUGUUUGCCGGGUGUUUGUAUCCAGACGGAAUCGGAGCCAUGAGCCUGUCCAGACAAAGUUCCAGUCAUCUGAAAAUACUCAAACUGGACGUCACCAAGGAUGAAGACAUACAGCAAGUGAAGAAGACGGUUUUGGAGAACCUGCCUCAGAAAGGUCUGUGGGCAGUUGUUAACAACGCUGGAAUCACAGACUGGGCCGAGAUCGAGUGGAGCCAUUUUGAAGAUUUCCGCAACAUAAUUGACAUCAACCUGUGUGGCUGCAUCAGGACCUCCCUUGCAUUCCUGCCUCUGAUUCGUGCCGCUAAAGGUCGGGUGGUGUUUGUCUCGAGCAUUUUCGCCUUCUUCAGUUGCCUGAACAUGGGAGCAUACAGUGUGUCAAAGCGCGGUCUGGAGGCCUUUGCUGAUUGCCUGAGACUUGAAAUGGCAAGUUUUGGUGUGAAGGUGAGCAUCAUUCAGCCGGGAAACUUCGGUCAAGCCACAAACAUCUUGAGGAUAAAAUCGGGCCUGGACAUCUGGGAGAAACUAGACAAUGAGCAAAAGCAGAUCUUCAACCAGCAGUACUUUGAGCUGGCGAGUGAGUACUUCAUGUUCACAUGCAAAAAGGGAUUCAAGGACACCACGCUGGUCAUUGACGCCAUGCUGCACGCCAUCACGUCCUCACAGCCCAAAUACAGAUAUCUGCUGGCUUCUGUGAUGGACAGGUUCUUCUUUAAACUCUACCCGUUCAUGCCCACGGUCCUCACAGAUGCUAUGUUUUCUCUCAGCUCCAUGUAUGCUAAACGCAGAGACAUGCUUUACGCCAAAAACAUUUGAAUAAAUUAGAAAUAUUUCCUAUCAUGUGUUCAUUAUCCUUAUAUUUAAGAUUUAAAACACGUGAACAUUGACCCAUAUAGCAAAUAAGUGUGAAACACAUAACCCCACGGUAAUGUCACCAGUUCCUCUUUUUCUUCUAAUAAGGCUAACGGCCUGUACUCUGAGGUGUAAUGCUGCCCUCCACAGUUCAAAGUUCUCAAUCACAGUUUCCUUGAAACCCAACUGCUAAUCUGCCAAAGAAAUCCACGAUAAAUUAUUUUCUCAAAAUCGAUGUAGUUAUAUAACUUAUAUUAGUAUUCUUUGUAGUUAGAAAGUUUUUGUAUUCAGUUCUUGUUUUUUUUCUUUUUACGUUUUAUUAGUUUUAGUGACAGACCCCUCAAUUAUUAUUCUUUAUGUAAUACUGGAAGGAUGGAAUGAAUACUUCAAGUGUAAGUGAAGGUCACACUCAAUAAUUGGUACUUUAAUCUGUAAAAGCUGUUUUAUUCCUAAAACAGUUGCUUUAAAACUGCGUACAUGUGUUUUGUAUAUUCUGGAUAUGUUCCAAUAAAGUGACUGAGAAAUGA